AUGUCGUCCUACGCCGAAGUGAUGGAAAUGAUUCUGGAGAUUCCGGACUCGGAGCACGCAAACCGCGUGGCAAAGUGGGCUGCCACUACGUAUCGGAGCCAGAUGGAGAUGGCCGAAACGGUGAAGAAGAUGACGGAGGAGAAGGUGUUCCUGGAGACGGAGAUCACGAAGCUUCUGGACGAGAAAGAGAAGCUGUUGAAAGAAACGGAGGACAGAGAGUACGAGUCUGACUCCGAUGACUCGGACUCGGACUCGGACUCGGACUCGGACUCGGACUCCGAUGACUCCGACUCUGACUCCGACUCCGAUUCGUCUGAGGAGGACUCCGACUCGGACUGCCAUGAGUCUCUCGAUGACAAGGAGACUAAUUACUAUGCACUGAACGAGGUGAUCGCAAAACUCGAGAAAAAGCAAGCUCAGUGGAUCCGCGAUGAGCAGGCCUAUGUGGUGCACUUGCAGAUGCUUGAGGAACGAGUCGAGGAGGCGGAAAAGGCGAUGGCCGAGAACAGGAAGGAAGUGGAGAUGCUCCUUCAGAAGUCGCUCUUCGAAGCCGACGGAAAACACGUCUUGAAGCAGCAGAUUGCCGCAUUGGAGGCGUCGUGCCAGAAGAUGGAUGAAGAGAAGAAGGAAAUGGAGAUGAUGCACGAGCUUGCCGCCCUUGGAGCCAAGUUCAAAUUGGUCGAUACGCAGAAGCAAUUGGAAGAGGAGGUGACCAAACGGAAGAAUGCGGAGGUGACGGCCUGCCGCACCCAUAGCAUGAUCGUUGCCCGAGAGACGGCCAUCCUCGAGAUGAGAAGCGCUCACAAGAGGGAUAAAAUGGAAUUGCGCAACGUAGGUUAAAUACUUCCUUGUCAGUCGUCUGAAUCUAAUUUUUUACAGUCGCUGGAAGAUGCCAUCAUACAAGUCGCGAACUUGAGAAAUGAGUUGGAGACGGCGCAAGAGGCCACUGGAUUACUGGAGAAUUUGGUGGCCACUCGGAACGAUGAAGUCGCAAAGAUGAACUGGGAAAUCCAGAAGCUGGCCAGACUCGUCGAGACGAUGGGAGUGAUGGAUUCGGAGGACGAAGAGGAAGACGAGGAGGAAGAGAAAGGGGAAAUCGACGAAGAAGAAGGUGAGCAGAGCGACUCCGACUCCAGCUCCAGCUUUGAGCAGAUCGACAAUCUUGAAUAA